AUAAAGUGUUCAUUCCUACAGCUCGACAGUAUUCAGAUCAUUUUCCAAUCAAUUGCAUAAACGGGCAUUGGAGGGUCAAUUACGUUUGCAGCCUAAUCGAGGAAUGUCCGGAACCAAAGAGUCAAGAUAAUAAUACAAUCUGGCAGCAUGUACAACCAUUCAACUAUUCAAAAGGCGAAUUAAAGCUUAAUCUGUCGUGUGAGCCGGGAUUUCUUGCAUGGUCAGGACAAAAUUACACAAAUCAUUUCGAUGUUAAAUGUACAAAUCGUUCCUGGACGGCAUUCACAAAUUGUUCCAGAAUAGACUGCGGGCAGCCACAUGUACAAGCAAAUGGUCAUUACACAUUUAAUGCAACCACUCUCGGGUCUGUCGGAACUUUAAUGUGCAAUCCUGGUUAUACACGUGCUGAAAAUUCGGACAUUAUAUGCCAAGGAAACCGCAAAUGGAGAUUAUCGUCAGGCCGAAGCAUUUUUCUUGCGGAAAUGACCCCGGGAUCACAAAAUGAAUUAUGUACAUUAAAAACUACAUCAACAACUCACCCAACGACGACAAGUACUCAACCGACGUUAAAUACAACUCCACCGACGACGACAGCAACUCAACCAGCAACGCCUACGACUCACACAAAAACCUAUCCAACUCAUCAAACUACGACAACAACUGAACCAACGACGAGAGCAACUAAUCCAACUACGACAACAACUGAACCGACGACGAGAGCAACUAAUCCAACUACGACAACAACUGAACCGACGACGAGAGUAGCUAAUCCAACUACGACAACCACUGAACCGACGACGUCUACAACUCAUCCAACUACGACACCCACUAAACAGACGCCGUCUACAACUCAUCCAACUACGACACCCACUAAACAGACGCCGUCUAAAACUCAUCCAACAACAACAACUGAACCGACGACGUCAACAUCUCAUCCAACUACGACAACCACUGAUCCGACGACGUCUACAACUCAUCCAACUACGACAACCACUGAACCGACGACGACUACAACUCAUCCAACUACGACAACAACUGAACCGACGACGUCUACAAUUAAUCCAACUACGACAACAACUGAACCGACGACGUCUACAACUCAUCCAACUACGACAACAACUGAACCGACGACGUCUACAACUAAUCUAGCUACGACAACAACUGAACCGACGACGUCUACAACUCAUCCAACUACGACAACAACUGAACAGACGACGUCUACAACUCAUCCAACUACGACAACAACUGAACCGACGACGUCUACAACUCAUCCAAAUACGACAACCACUGAUCCGACGACGUCUACAACUCAUUCAACUAUUACAACAACUGAACCGACGACGUCUACAACUCAUCCAACUACGACAACUGAACCGAGGACGUCUACGACUCAUCCAACUACGACAACAACAAAACCGACGACGUCUACAACUCAUCCAAUUACGACAACAACUGAACCGACGACGUCUACAACUCAUCUAAAUACGACAACCACUGAACCAACGACGUCUACAAUUCAUCCAACUACGACAACAACUGAACCGACGACGUCUACAACUCAUCCAAUUAAGACAACAACUGAACCUACGACGUCUACAACUCAUCCAACUACGACAACAACUGAACCGACGAGGUCUACAACUCAUCCAAAUACGACGAACACUGAACCGACGACGUCUACAACUCAUCUAACUACGACAACAACUGAACCGACGACGAAGGCAACUGAUCCAACAACGAGAGCAACUAAAACAACGACGACAACAACUGAACCGGCGACGACAACAACUCACCCAACGACGACAACGCCAAUAAAAUGCACAACGGGCAUCACUGUUGAAAAUGGAAAUGUCUCAUACAAAAAUGGCAUUGAAUACCUCAACUACGCUGAAAUAACAUGUUCUCCUGGAUACAGGCUUAAUGGGACAGGCUAUAACAACAACGUGAGCGAGUUAGUUCAAUGUCUGCACACUGGACACUGGGAAAUAUCACGAGGGUGCGUAAGGAAAGAAUGUGUGCGAUCACUCUAUGUUGAAAACGGAAUUCCAUCAUAUCACAAUGGGAUCGAGUACCUGGACUACGCUGAAAUAACAUGCUCAUCGGGAUAUAUGAUAAAUGGGACAGGCGAUAACAACAACGUGAGCGAAAAGUUACAGUGUCUUGAUACCGGAAUAUGGGAAAUUCCAAACGGAUGCGUCAAGAGAGAAUGCGUAUUAAAUGUGGCUGUUCAAAAUGGAAAUGUCUCGUACGAACAUGGCAACACAUAUCUGGACCAGGCAACCGUCACGUGUUCCCAGGGCUAUAGGAUAAAUAGAACAACUGACAAUAACAACGUGAGCGAGAAGUUGCAAUGUCUAGAUACCGGAAUAUGGGACAUAUCAAAAGGAUGCGUCAAGAAAGAAUGUGCGCGAUCACUGCAUAUUGAAAACGGAAUUCCAUCAUAUCACAAUGGGAUCGAGUACAUGGACUUCGCUGAAAUAACAUGCUCAUCAGGAUAUAGGAUUAAUGGGACAGGCGAUAACAACAACGUGAGCGAAAAGUUACAGUGUCUUGAUACCGGAAUAUGGGAAAUACCAACAGGAUGCGUCAAGAAAGGCAAGCGGCAUCGCUAUGAUUAA